AAUGGUUAAAAACUCAGCAUAAGACCCUUAAGACAAUUCUUUAUAAAUGAAAGUAAAGAAGAAAUUUAUUUUGAAUAGAUUAGAUAAUACUUAGUUUCAGGCAGAAGACUUCCAUCAAAAGAAGAUCCAAAUCCAAAAGUCAUUAGCAUGAGAAUUUUUGCCAGAAAUACAGUGGCAGCCAAAAGCAGAUUUUGGUAUGAUCAUAAGGCUACAAUUUAGGUGGAAUUUAAGAAGAUUAAAUAAACUAAAACCAUCACAUGGUUAGAUUUUAGCAGUUUAAGAAUUGUUUGAGAGAAGAGAUACAAAUGUUAAGACAUAUGGAAUAGUUCUUAAAUAUUAAUCAAGAACAACAAUACACAAUAUGUAUAAAGAAUUCAGAGAUACUACAUUAAAUGGUGCUGUGUCUUAAUUAUGUAAGUAUCUCAUAAAUUAAUUCUUUUUAGACUAAGAAAUGGCAGGAAAUCAUAGAGCAUAACCAUAAACAAUUCACAUUCUCAGAACAUCUGUAUUGACAAAGAGUGCUGAUAUCAAGAGAGGCAAAACAAAUUAAUACAGAGUAUAUGAAUUUGCUAUUUAUUAAAGGGAGAUUCAAUAAAAUUCCCAAUUGUUAAGACUGUUCCAAGAGCAAGCCAUAAAAAAUUCAGAACUGUUUUCAAAGCAAAAAGACCAAAUCUUUAUAGAUCAUGAU